CUGGUAUAAAAAGGGACAGCAACGGUUGUCGAACUUAUUCGACUCACCCUGACACUCUGAAAAGAUCGCAAACAACCAAGAAGAGAAUCCUCGCAAACAUCUUCCAGAGAUGGCAAAGGUUUUCAAGAAGACCAGUGGCAAUGGAGGGCUGACCCUGUACCUGGGGAAGAGAGAUUAUGUGGAUCAUAUCAACAAAGUGGACAGAUUAGAUGGUGUUGUGAAAGUUGAACCAGCUGAGCUUGGUGAUCGAAAAGUUUUCAUACAGCUGGCAUGUGCCUUCCGUUACGGCAGUGAAGACCUGGACGUGAUGGGCCUAUGCUUCAGGAAGGACAUCUGGCUCUUGCAAACCCAACUGUACCCUGACGGCACCAAGCCUGAACUCAGCGAGAUGCACGACACCCUGCUGAAGAAGGCGGGCGACAACGCGUACCCCUUCUCCUUUGACAUUCCCAACAACCUGCCAUGCUCAGUCUCUCUGCAGCCUGCGCCAGAAGACAAGGGGAAGGCUUGCGGUGUUGACUUUGAAGUGAAAACUUACAUGGCCAAGGAGAAGGAUAACCCUGAUGAAAAGAUUGAAAAGAAGGACACUGCUCGUCUCGUUGUUCGUAAAAUCCAGUACGCCCCGUCUCAGGUGGGCCCCGGGCCCAAGGCUGACAUCUGCAAAAGCUUCAUGAUGUCCGACAAACCGGUUCACUUCGAGGCAUCGAUGGACAAAGAUCUCUACUUUCACGGUGAGGCCAUCCCAAUCAAACUCAAAAUCAAUAACGAGAGCAACAAAACGGUGAAGAAAUUUAAAAUCACCGUGGAUCAAACCACCGACAUCAUCCUCUACUCAGCAGACAAAUACACCAAAACCGUCUUCACCCAGGAGAUCGCGGAGACAGUGGAGCCCAACAGCACCUUCGAGAAAACUGUGUGCAUCACACCCAGUCUGUCUGAAAACAAGGAGAAAAGAGGGCUGGCCCUGGACGGGAGGCUGAAGGACGAGGACACAAACUUGGCCUCCACCACUGUGCUGAAGAAGAAUAUAGAAAAGGAGGUGCUGGGUAUUCUGGUUUCCUACAAGAUUAAAAUUAACCUCAUGGUGGCUGGAGCUGGCCUGAUGGGAACCCUCACCGCCAGUGAUGUCACAGUGGAGCUGCCACUGAACCUCAUGCACGAAAAACCUCAAGAUUAAGAACGGCACGUCGCUAAAGGAGGUUGCCCUGCAAGCUGAGAGGACGAUCAAAGAAAUUCAGCAAGACAUUCGAAGGAUGUGACAAUAAACAAAAGAAGAAGAAAAUGAUGUGUGUCAAGGAAAUAACAAUAAAUGAUCAGCAGAAGAAAAUCUUUUCAACGCAUAAGGAUAUAAGAGGAAAUACUAAUCCCCUUCACAGCUUUUUGUUGUUUUUGUUCAUUUAGUAAUGUUAUUUAGCUGUAGAGAGUACUUGUUUCACAAAAAAAAAAAUCAAAUUCUGUACGAAACUCCCAGAAGUGGACUUGUGUUAUUUUAAAAUUAUGAUGUGCACAAAAUAGGAAAUAAGUCUAAAGCCCAUAAAACCAAUGUGCAUUCAAAUACUGUGAUACACUGACCUGUUGAGAACAAAUAAAUAGU